ACUGUGAAUCGCACCUCGACCGCCGGCGGUUCUGUGCUGUUAUCGCGCUUGCCGCUACCAUUCUCCCCCUCCUACUCCGACCAGCUCCUCUUCCAGCCACAACUUCCUAGUGCCGAGCCCGGGAUGUGACUUGGUCAUGGACGACUUUGGAAAGAACCUCAACAUCCAUUAUGUCAACCCAAACAAGCAACUAUACGCUGGCAUCUGGUCGUUGUAUACUGGCGCCACUGCAUUCCUCAUUGCACGCCUAUGGGUCAAGAUCUCACGUCGCCAUGGGCUGUGGUGGGAUGAUUACAUACUCCUCUUUGCAUGGGGAGUACUCACUGCCAACGAUAUCAUCAUCACGAUUGAGUACGCUACCGGCUACGUUUCCCCUUCGUGGGACGACCGCAUGCACAUCUUGAUCCUCAUCUCCUCGUGCGGGACCCUCAUGGGACAAAGCUUGACGAAAGUUGCUUUCGCAGUGACAUUACUCAAGCUGACAAAAGGCUUCUCAUGCUGGAAAGUCUGUCACUGGAUAUUAUGGUUCUGCAUCGCGACAAUGUGCAGCUACAACUUUGCCAAGAUCAUAGUCGAAUGGGGGAAAGUCUGCGAUAACCGCGGCUAUGAUGUCUGGUACCGUAUGGACUUCUGCGUCUAUUCAGAACCACGCGCCAGAUUCAAGGAAGGCGGCAACUACGUUAACGUCGUAAUGGAUUUCGUAUUCGCCGCCUUCCCCUGGAUUAUAACCUGGAACCUAGACAUGCGGCGCAAAGAAAAAAUCGGGCUCUGUCUCACCAUGUCUUUAGGUCUUGUCGUGGCUAUCGCAUCUGCAAUCCGUACUGAAUGGAAAUACGAUGGAAACAGGAAAGACGAAUGGUAUUUCUGGAAUAACGCCAUGUCCAAUAUUUGGUAUUCGUCCGAGGUCACGGGUACGAUAAUAGUACAGUGUGUUCCUGUGCUGAGGCCGCUCUUAAAGCAUAUUAGUACUACUAUGAGGAGCAAGAGACUAGGGAGUUCGACAGAUGAUGGAGGCACUUUUGGAUUGAGUAAACUGGAUGGCCACGUGGGGAGGUGGUAUCCUCCUUCCCGGUUGAAGGAUGAGGGAGGAUUGAUUCCUGGACCGGUUGGGGAUGAGGAGACGCUGAUAUUGAGUGUGAGAAAUGGAAUUGUGGCGAGGAAGGACAUGAAUGGGGACAGAGUACAUAGUG